AUGCACAGUCCGAGUGACAGCGAAGCUUUAAGUCCUAGUAGCGAUUGUACAGAAGUUCUUCUCUCACCUUCUAUUGAUCCUAGUGUAACCCAACAGGAAAGUUACUAUAAAGCCUUAAUCUUAUCAAAAGUUGUGAAAGCGAUAUUUUGUGCCACUCCUUUAAGUCGUGUUAAAAUGCCGACGGGUAAAUCGCCUUUCAAAAGUCACAUUAGAACUAAGGACAUACGUAUUAAAACAACUUCUGGUGAGAGUUUAGGCGCCUGGAUUGUUUACAAUAAGAAAGUCCCGAUUACUCGUUGGGUCUUAGUUUUGCAUGGGAACAGUACGAAUCGGUACACGUUCUCGACUUUGUACGAUGCUGAACGUCUGAUUGAGCACGGGACAGCUGCUCUGAUCGUGGACUACCGCGGGUUUGGGGAUUCAGAAGGCACAGCUAGUCGCAAGGCUUUUAUUGAAGAUGUAGCUGCCUGUACGAAGUAUCUGUAUAAAAAGAAGGUCACUAACAUCUCAAUCGUUGCCUACUCACUUGGCACUGCGAUUGCUCUAGAUUAUUUGGCCAAAUACUACAUCAAAAAGAAAGACCAUCAAGUUGUGAUUGCCAAGGUUGUUUUAAUCAGUCCGUUUUUGUCCACUAUUCAACUACUCCAGGAGUACCGACUUUGGAAUAUGAUUGAGUCUCUUAUUCCAGACAGUUCCAAGUACGCCCAAGAUGCACUGGGUUUCAAUUCUCUAGAAAGUAUCAAACAACUAGAUCUACCCAUUCUUAUCAUUCAUGGGUCCUCUGACUGGCUCAUCCCUGAACACCACGGCCGUCUCCUUUCCGAGGCCGGGCAGUCCACUCUCUUCCUACGUAUUGAAAACGAGUCGCACAGCAGUCUGUUUGGUAAUCCUAUUACCUGGCCCAGUAUUCUUCAAUUUCUCCUUGAUCCUAAUCCAAGUACCUAA